UCACCACCAACUAUAAAUAACAACCAAGGCCACAGAUCCCGACCACGCAUCCUGCUCUUUCUGCAGACUUUCUUGCACGACGAUCGCGUUUGCGGCUUCGCGAUGACUCGAGGUAACCAAAGGGAGCGAGAUCGCGAAAGAUCUCAGGCUCGGACCGGCGGCAAGGGCAAGACCAAGGACGAUGGAUUGACCCCCGAACAGCGACGCGAGAGGGAUGCAAAGGCGCUUCAAGAGAAGACCGCCAAGAAGGCGGCGCAGGCGGCAGGGAGCGGCGAUGCCGGAGGCAAAAGCAACAAGAAAUAACAGAAUUGGAACCAUAUUAUCAAGGGUUUGCCUUAAACUUGAUUGUGUAGUCUGAUAAGGAUGGCAUUUGGGGUUUGGGUGCGUUUUAACUCUCAUGUUUCGUCCGUAUUGUGUUGUUCGGUGUAAGAAGCAGUUGUCUUUGCCGUUUGACUCUAUGUGAACUAUUAUAAUGGUAAAAAAUUCUAGAUAUCGAAUUACUCUGUUGAUGAUA